CGCCUGACAGAGCAGGAAUCAAAACAAGAGAGGGACACGCCUUCUUCAUGGUGUACCUCUGCUGUCAAGACUGCUUGCACAAACCUGGAGGAGGAUGAUCGAACUGUAACAUCUGCAUCACCUGUGCGUUAAGAUUCGCAUUGCGUUCUUCAAGUUCAGUCGAAAUGACAUCUGCAGAAAUGCUUGGCGGUGGCAGUCGCUGACAGGCAGCAUUCAUAUUAAGCGCUCCAUUAUGCCCAACCAGAAAAGCAACAAGGGGAAGAGAAAUAAACGCACGAAUAGUAGUGGAGAUGAGCAAGAAAAUGGAGCCUCUGCCUCGGUGGUUACGGGAGCGACAGCUCCGGUGUUGACUGGGGCGACUGCGGGUCCGCCAAGCGAUAAUAGAAGCGAAGCGCCAUGUGCCACCCCAUUAGUUUGCUGUUUGGGCCGUUCUAUUGAACUUGAGAAGGAUGACUACCAGCGGGUGGUGUGCAACAGUGAACUCUGCCCCUACGGCAACUGGAUGCACCUGCAGUGCUUCUAUGAGUGGGAGAGCAGCAUCCUGGUGCAGUUUAAUUGUAUCGGCCGGGCCCGCAGCUGGAACGAGAAGCAGUGCCGUCAGAACAUGUGGACCAAAAAGGGCUAUGAUCUUGCCUUUCGCUUCUGCUCCUGCCGCUGCGGCCAGGGGCAUCUGAAAAAAGACACGGACUGGUACCAGGUAAAACGCAUGCAUGAUGAGCGCAAGAAAAAAAUGCCGGAGAAAAGCAGUGGGAAACCCAACUGUGGCACCUCUGGAGGGGGUGCUUGUGGUGGAACUGGGGGGGAACCUGCCGAUGAGCCCAAGAAAGGGAAAUCAUCCGGAAUCCAUAAGCUGACUCACCGUGGCUCCAGUCAGGAGCUGUCUUGCAGACAAUCGGCAGAUUGGCAGAACUCUCAAGAGAGAGGCCAUGGGGGUCCAACCAUUGCUGGGAUUGGGGUUCCCCAUGUGCUCCGGUCCCCUUGCGAAUCCCCUGCACAGUCACCUCCAUCCAGCUUCUCCUUCUCCCCUCAGGCUCUCGGUGGCCCACGCAGUUCAAGGCACCUGGGUGAGUUUCUGAAGACUGCGGUGCAUAUGGAGGGCCACAGGAAGCAUUUUCUUGUCGGAGGAGUGGCAGUACGCGGGGCUCACCUGGAGCAAGGGGCCACCAACAUGUACCUGCCCCGGCUCUCUCCGGGAGACAACCCUGUGCAGUUCUUGCGGAGGCUGGAUCUCUCUGAGCUGCUCACGCACAUUCCCCGCCACAAGCUCAACACCUACCAUGUGCGAAUGGAGGACGAUGCCCAGGCCGGGCAGGGAGAGGAUCUCAGGAAGUUCAUCCUCUCUGCCCUCAGUGCAAGUCACCGCAAUGUGGUGAACUGUGCCCUCUGCCACCACACCUUGCCCAUUUUUGAGCAGUUCCCUUUAGUGGAUGGAACGCUGUUCCUGAGCCCUUCACGCCAUGAUGAGAUUGAGUAUGAUGUACCAUGCCAUUUACAAGUUUCCACCAAACUACAUUUCCCAUGAUGCACUGCCCUCAUCAGCCAUCUGUUCCCCAUCUUCCUCACCUGUUCUCCAUUUUCUCAUCAGCACCUGUUUGUGUAAAUACCCUCUGGUUUUGUUCCCACAUUGCCAGUUCUUGAUUGUUUGUUAUCUGUGUGAAUGUUACUACAGAUGGCUAUUAUGUUUUGUAAUCUUCAUUGUAUUCUCAUCUUCUUUGGUUGUGGAUUAAAUAAAAGCUGCUCUUAGAUUCUGCUCUCUCGCCUUAUCACUACAAAACAUUACAGUUUUACACUACAGGAAUGUUAAAACUAAAUUGUGUAUAGUAGGAUUAAGGUAACUAAAUAUUUUAGCAUUAAGUAAUGUAUGAUGAGAAAGACGUCUCCACCAUAAAAGAAAAAGUGAAUGCUUAUAGAACUGUUUUAUAUACAGUGUGUGUGUGUAUAUAUAUAGGUAUAUAUAUAUAUAUAUUUAUAUAUAUAAAACAGUAAAAUACCGCAUAGUGCAUCUGUACGUCACAUGUCUCACAAUGCGUUGUUUAAUACUGUAAAUUCUCCUGUAAAUUAAAAGCAAUUUCUUUUUUUAAUUGCACUUUUUAAUCAACAACUGAGUGUAAAGAACAGAAAGGAUAUAAAAAGAGACUUAUUUUGUGGGGAUUUCAUCUUUGGACACACGUUUGCACUGAAAAGUGCAACAUUUGGCGAUUUACUCAAAUUGUUCUAACUUUUUAAAAAUGUUUACUUUUUUUCUAAACUUUUCUGUUAACCACCUAGCAGUCUCCUGUGGCCCUCUGGAGGUCCCUGGACCUCAGUUUGAAAAUUAUUGUUAUAAAGUACUCCCAAUUUAGAGAAACUUAGAUAAUAAGUAUUAUCUGUAGAAAUCUAAAUGAAUUCAUACACUAUAAUGGUUUUACAGAGGUAAAUUAACAUGUGGUGUAAAUACUGUCAUUUGUAAAAUGUUAUGAUGUCUCAACAUUGAGAAUUUGCUCAAUUGCUCAAUAUUGUGUUUUCUUUGCAAACACUGUUGAAGAUUAUUAUUGAGAAGACAUCACUCUGCAUUAGGUGGUGUCUUUCGUCAGAAAUAUGUGCUAUUACUUAUUUAUUUAAUAAUAAAGUCAAACAAUAAUAUCAAUUUCAAUGACUGCUAUGUAUUGGUAUAGUUUCACACUAUCAUAAGAGAUGUCUCUUUUUCCCUGGUUAAAACAAUAGUUGUGUUUUGGAUCAUUGCAGGCACACAGUUGAUAGAUACUAUAAAUUAGCAAGAACAGCAUGUGCAUGAUGGUUGGAAACUUUUCCAUUUCUAGCUCUGCCAUUGCACCUGCUCUUUUGUGAUAAAAUGUGCUGCAUGAUUGUUUUAUUACUGCAAAAUCAAUUUAAAAGUUUCAUUAUGUAGCAAAUAUGGAAAUGUAAUGGUUCAAAGCAUAGAAAUUUGAAGCGAUACAGAUACAGUGUUAGGCCAAUAGCAAUCAUGCAAAAUAUUUGGAUUUUGUUUUUCUUUUGUCUUACAUAGCCAAUCUUCUUGUAUUAAAGACUCAAGACAGCUGUGGCAGAUAAUAAUGCUUUGAUCAUGACAUAUCAUUAAUUCCCAAAUAGAAUAGAAUAUUUCCAUUAAUUAAAGUCUAAUUGCAGUUUAAAAGGGUUUUCUGUUUAU